AAUCAAAUCUGACCUGCCUACUGCUGUAAUUUCACACAGCAGCAGCAGCAGCAAUGGCAGCCGGGCAGUAACAUUAAGACACAUGUCACAACAGUCUGUGAGCCGGAAAGCAUUUGCGCUGGUGCCGAGAGAAGACACAUAUGCAAAAUGUCUCGGCACAGAAAUGUUCGAGGUUACAACUACGAUGAAGACUUUGACGAUGAUGACAUGUAUGGACAGUCUGUGGAUGAUGACUACUGCUGUAUAUCACCGGCAACAGCGAAUCAGUUCAUCUACUCACGUCAAGAGAGGCAAGUACCAAAGGAGGAGCCUUUAGGAGAGGGAGAAUAUGAAGAUGAGGAUGUACCCAUGUCCCCUACUAUCAGCCACAACCUCGACCCUCUUGAUCAAGCCAAGCUGUAUUCCUGUCUGGACCAUAUGCGGACUGUGCUGGGAGAUGCAGUGCCAGACUCGGUCCUGACCCAGGCAGCCAUAAAAUGUGGGUUCGACCCACAGAGGGCACUGGAUGCAGUCUUGUCUGAAGACACUAAGACAGCCCCAGUGACCAGAAGUACCAGUGAAAAGACUGCUUCGGUAGCAGGAGUUAACCAGGAGAAAGCCCCACUUCCACAAAGAGCCAAACAAGAGGCUGUGGCUGAGAAAGGAGCCUGCUUGUCUGCUUCUCACACAGACAUUACAUCCAAGGCACAUAAACCCCAGACUGAUGGGUGCAAACACACACAACCACGUGUGCAAGCAAAUGUACCAAACUUGCGUGACCUCGUAUCGCAACAUCAGGCUGACCCAGUGGUUAGCAGCUCUGAAAAUCAAAAUUUUAUCCCGCAAAACGUUGGUCCUGGUGUCAGUGGUACCAGUCUGGCACAGCUCAUGUCUGAGCAUGAGCAGAAGGCGUCAGGAGUAGUUGACACAGGGCGAGGUUUGGGUGUUUCCUCAUUAAGUGUUCUCACCAUGGGACCUAAUUCACCUUCGUCCAUUAUGUCUAAUCAGAAUAGUCUUUCAUUGGGCACAUUGGCAUCUUUAAACCUGUCUUUAGCAUCUCACAGCUCAGCUCCCUCCCUGCUUUCAGUUUCUCUCAGUAGUCUGUCUCUAAACAACCCCAAGAUAACAACUGCAAGCUCAUCUCUGGCUGCUCCUCCUGGGUUUGGGAGUCUCAGUUCUGUCCUCCAGAGCAAUCCGCACUCAGUGGGAGUUGGAACUAGAGGAAAAGCCACAAUGGCUGAUCCUAAGGGAAGCCCAUCAUUGGCCGAAUUAAUCCAGGAACAUUCAAACCGCAGCCCAACAACUAUCAGUAACUGCUUCCCUACUUCCCAAAGCAGCAUAACCUCUAUGAAGUGUCAGGGGAUGGCUGCACAAACGUUCUCGCUGUCUGAGCUCGCUUCACAGCACCAAAACAGGAAUACACACAUUCAAUCGCAAUCACAGAGCACUGAACGACCAGCAAACACAAUCCCCUUUUCUAAACCAGCCAACAUUAUUACUGCAUGUUUAGGGACUGGGGCUGUCUCAUUGUCUCAGCUAGCCCUGCAGCAUCAAAACAACAGUUCCUUAGCUUCCCCUCAACCCAUCAGCACUGAAUCUCCAGCAAAUGCACUGAAACAACCACCUGGCAUCUCUGAGCUGCUCUCUUUGUCACAUUUGGCAUCUGAACACAAAAGCAAAACCUCAACCACCUCAAAUGGGUCACAUUUCUCUCUCACCUCUCCCCUUUCACCAGCAAAACCAGAGAGGGCUGGUGUGUUGGCAGAAAGUACUUUAGAGGGUGGGGCCAAGCGUGAACUCAACCACAAACAAUACCACCAAAAUUCCAGGCUUCCGAAGCCGAGGCAGACUAUUGAUUUGAGUGCACUCAUGGCCCAGUCAGAUGGAGCAGGCCCUCGUCACUUCGUCAAUGACCUCCCUUCACCGUCUUCUCCAACUCCAGUUACCUCGGGGCUGGAUUCUUCUGUUUUUGCGCAACCAUCAGUAUUUGCGAUUACUUUGUCGAUUCAGAGCCACAGACAACAGAAGAGGAUGAGGAAUGUAUUUAAGGGGAAAAUAAGAGGUCAGAGGGCAGGAAGUGGUUACCAGACCUUCCUCUGUAAAUCGCAGGACAAAUUCAAAGAGCAGCAAACUCCACUCUCGCCAAUUGUACCAUUCCGCUUCGACACUCCUUCACCUGACGACAUCGUCCGUGCUAAUCAGCGAAAAGCUUUCACCAGGUAGACGAGGAAAUAAAAAGCACUUAAUUCAGUUCCGUCCAGGUUGGUGCCUGGAGUCAAAGAGAUGCAGCAGGGUCAUCAGUCCUUAUGAACCAUUUUAACUGUGUCCCACAGUCAGUCAUGUGGAGUAAAGAAACUUUUGGGACCAACAGCACGAUAGAAUGACACUCGCUGCUGAUCGCUGCUUAAAAAAACUCUGCUAGAAACAGUAUUUCUACAGGAUUUAUGUAUUGCUUUAUUUUAUAGAGGCAAGAAAACAAGUCUUACGUUGCUACUACAUACAGGUCAAACAGGAUCAAAAAUGAACUACUCUGGCAGCUUAAAUAAUCGCAGCUAUGUAAACUUUCAAAGAACUAUCAGUAUUUUAAGAACUUUUAAACUUUUUUCUCAUUUGCUGUAGUUAACAUUUUUUCUACAUUUUAAAUUUGAGUCUUAUUCUUGUAUGCUAAGAUGGCCAUUGGCUUUUUAAUUGACCUUUUUGUAUGAAAGUGAAGUAGUUUAAUCUUAGCCAGGGAAAAUUCAAAGUCUAUCUCUUUUUGCAUGGCCUCUUUUCUAGUUUUGAUCUGCAUGAACCCUCAAAAGAGAAAAAGAGGUUGAUUUUGUUUGCAGGUGCGCUGCAGCUAUUGGAAUAUGGAUCAGUUAACCAUUGUACUGGUUUACUGCUGCCUGUGUUUGAGAUCCUGGGGUAGACAUUUUGGUUUAGAAGACACCUGGAGAUUUUCCCAUGAGGGAAUAAGAACACACACACAUGCACGUGCAUACAGACAGACAUGCACACACACACAGACAAGUGAACACUUUUUUAAUGUUUAAUUUGGAAGAAAAGAGUUUAUUAUGAAUGCCAGCGCUGUGAAUAAAGAGCGUACAGAAUGAGUCAAAAUGAAUGUCAUCAGACCUGAGGUAAAAGGGCUUUUCUUGCUCUUGCAAGGUUUUAAUAUUACGAUGUACAAAUGGGUUUGAUUUACACUGGGUGUGUCAUCACACUCUGCUACAGAUUUAAUUUGUCAAUUUCUAAAUAAAGAUGACUGAGUUUAUUUACCCUGAA